CCGGCGGAGGAUGCGCGCGCAGCACCCCUCCUCCCUCCCCCUCGCCCCUCCCCCCGGAAGUUUCUCCUGGACAACUGAAAAGGUUGUUGUCAAGAUGGAGUUUCCAACUCAGUAAUCCACGGAUUAGACCCUGAGUCCACAAAGCAUGAUCUCCUUCUGUCCAGGCUGUGGCAAAAGUGUCAAAGUAUCAUUCAAGUUCUGCCCGUACUGCGGCAAGGCCCUGCCUGUAGAGGAGCAUGCAGAAGCCCAGACUGGCACUCCGCGUCUUGUGUCAUCCUUUCGAGGCUCCAGGCGAGAGCUGAACGCCAGCUCUGAAACCUCUCCCAAGAAAGUGAAAUGGUCGCACACUGUCACCGCUCGCCCACCCUCCCUCCUCUCUGACUGUGACAGUUCUGGUGCUGAAGAGACCUGGAAUUCUCCCGAGAGAGCCACAGGCACCUGGAGCAGACCCCCGACCCCCAGAGGCAGCCCACAGUCCUCCAGGCUGAGUCCUCAGACACUGAAGCGGAGCCGAGUGACCACCUCACUCCAGGCUUUGCCCCCGGGGACAUGGCUGACUGACAAGAAAGGGCAGCACUGGACCCUUGGGGCCCUCCAGACCCGGGAUGACCAAGGCAUUCUCUACGAAGCCAAGCCCACUUUUGUCCUCCCCUCUGAAUCAGGGACCCAGAAGCAUAGGUUCUCACUCAAGCUGGACUCCAAGGAUGGGCGCCUUUUCAAUGAGCAGAACUUCCUUCAGAGGGCAGCCAAGCCUGCGCAAGUGAACAAGUGGAAGAAACAGUUCUUGGUUCCACUCCUGGCCAUCCCCACCUGUGUCGGCUUUGGCAUUCACCAGGACAAGUACAGGUUCCUGGUGUUCCCCAGCCUGGGGAGGAGCCUUCAGUCAGCCCUGGAUGACAACCCAAAGCAUGUGAUAUCAGAGAGAUGUGUGCUGCAGGUGGCCUGCAGGCUGCUGGAUGCUCUAGAGUUCCUCCACGAAAAUGAGUAUGUUCACGGGAACCUGACAGCUGAGAAUGUCUUUGUGAAUCCAGAGGAUCUAAGCCAGGUGACCCUGGUGGGCUAUGGCUUCACCUUCCGCUACUGCCCAGGUGGCAAGCAUGUGGCCUACAAAGAAGGCAGCAGGAGCCCACAUGAGGGAGACCUGGAGUUCAUUAGUGUGGACACACACAAGGGAUGUGGGCCGUCCCGCCGCAGCGACCUCCAGACCUUGGGCUACUGUAUGCUCAAGUGGUUCUAUGGGUCCCUGCCAUGGACAAACUGCCUUCCCAACACCGAGGAGAUCACUAGGCAGAAGCAGAAGUGGCUCAAGUCCAGACAGAGAUCAGACCUCUCGGCUAUCUCUGGGAUUGUCAGCUGGAGCCCUGAGAAGAUGAAAUCUCUGAGAAAAGAGGGAGCACCCCGGAGAACACCCACCAGGCUGCUUUGCUCCCUGUCCUUGGGGUACUCUGACCUGCUUGGUUAUUGUACCCCCUAGGAUCUGCUACCUACUCUCCGGUUCCAGCCACAACAUGUGGUGCUGCUUCUGCAGCAGUAGAAUAGUUUCCUUUUAAAAUGAAGCCUAACGCAGGGAGCAGGUGCCCAAAGGCUAAAAGGUCAGGAGUGACAGGUUAGUGAGAUGCUCCUGUGGCUUGGAUUAGGGACAAACCAGGGAGCCGACCAACACGUAAGUCAGCUUAGUCAGGUAUGCUGGCUCAUGUCUCAGGUGGAGAGCCUCGACCUCUAUCUAACGUGGGUCUAGUUUCCGUAUGUCCACAUUCUGUUCCCACAUCUCCUGGCAACAAUAAUAAUAAAGUGGUGCCAUAAACUGAAAGAAAUACUGUGUGGGCCAGCCUAGGCUUGAGUGUGGACACAGAGGUCAUGGAGCAAGAAGCAGCCAGAGCAGGUGAGGGUGAUGGCCUGGAGCAAUGAGGGAUCAGAGACACCCUCUUCCCAGGUUGCAGAAAGCAGUGAGUGGCUGUGAGGCCUGUGGGUCUAGGAGCGUGGGACAGGGAAGGAUAUGAUGGAGGCCAGGCCACAGGAGCUGCUGAUGGGGAUUGUGUUCCUGAGUUUUAACUCUGCACUAGGGAGCCCCAGGCAGGCUGUGGGCUUGGAGGGUAGGGCUGGGCCUGGUCAGAGACAGACCGUAGGCCCUUACAGACUCACAUGCAGGAGGCCUGAAGUGGGCCCGUAGCUGGCACAGGGGCAUGAUAGGAACUGAGAAGCAGGAGGAUGGGCUGGAGAAAGCUUGGCUGGGAGCAGGACAGAGAAGGGUGGGGGCGGGCCAGCCUGGACGUCUAGACUAGAGAAGCGGUGGGGCAGGGGACUCGGGGGAGGGUCCAGAAGCACUGUCUGUCUUUCCUAAGUGGGGUGUGUGUGUGUGUGUGUGUGUGUGUGUGUGUGUGUGUGUGCGCGCGCGCGCGCGCGCUAUCCUCACACAUUAGAACAUGUCAUGUUGUGAAUUCCUACUGAAGGUAUCUGUAAUAACUAAUCCAGUCUUGUGGGAUUGGGUGUUCACUUGUGAGCUCACACACAGUCACCAAACGUGCAGAUUCCUAGGCCUGGAGGUAGCUCAGUCAGUACAGUGUCUGGCCAGCACCCCAUGAGCCAGGUGUAGUGCACACCUGUAAUCCCAACAUUGAGGAGGUAGAGGCAGGGGGAUCAGGAGUUCAAGGUCAUUCUUAACUGCAGAGUGAAUUAAAGGCCAGCCUGGGCCACAUGACAUUAUGCCUCAAAAAACUAAAACUUUAAUAAUACUAUGAAGGUUGCGUUUUAACUGGUGGAUGAAACUCCUCUGAGCAGAGGCUUUGGGAACUGGACCCUUGGUUCCCCCACACUCAGCACUGCCAUCCAGAGCUGUGGCUCUGGAUCCACUAAUUGAGUUCUCACAGCAAAUCUAGUAAAACAUGAAUACCACGCUUGACAAGUGUGGGCCUUGGGUGUGUUUGUGUGUGCGCAUGCACACGUGUGCAUGUGUAUGUGUGUGUGUGUAUGUAUCAAGGACACUCCAUCUUAACUCAUCACUCUCCUUUCCCAUCUGCUCUCCC